AAACUACAUCAUUCCCGAUGACGAACCAGUCAGUUCACUGAUCCUGUUAGGCCAUCAUGGACAAACAAACCUUUUUAGCGCUUAUUCUAAGCUCUUUCUUGGGUCUUUGUAGUGGGUUUUUGGGACUUGGUGGUUCUGAGAGCAGUGCUAAGGUACAAUUUCACAAAGGAAGCCAAUUUGGCUUUGAAAAAGACCCUAACGUUUAUGCGCAUUUCGUAAUUCCUCCGUGGAACAGACCAUUCAAACCAGGAUACUGUCUUAGUUGGGAAUGGCACACAGACAAGAAAUACAGAGAUAAAAGAGUGGCCAUCUGCAAGCAAUACAACGAAGGUACGUUCUGCUUGCUUAUACUGUUACUUGGAAUUAUUGCAGGCAAACUGCAGGCAAACACCAAUUUGCUCAAAUCCGAAUGCAAAUUUUUCAAUACUGAACUUAUUCCAUAAGCGGCUGACGUGGGCAUAUAACAGCCAGCUGUGCUGAAAGGCGAGACCAAAACACAAGAGCCAGCUCGCAAGCUAAACAGACGGUGGUAAGAGGUGUUAUAGGCGGUGAUAGAACGCCGGUAAACUGCUUUCGUUAAAACCCCUGGUAGAGGUAGAUGCUGUGAAUAUUGAGAUCAGCUAUCUUUCUUUUGCUGGAAUAGAUAUACAAUGUGCAAAACACUUCUUGAGCUGGGUCCAAAAAAGCCUUUCGAACUUUUGUAAUCAGGUUUGUCAAAAAGUUAAAUCACAAAUAUGAUCUGACGUGCUUUUUUUUUUUAAAUUUGAUUUCGCUUCAAAAUUGCCUACUGCUUAGUUGAAAUCUCCGCUACCCAACGACUUCGAUGACAAGUAAUACGUGUACAUACGUCAAAUUUUACGCUAAGGCUGAAACGAAUCUCUUUCAUAGAACAUUUUCACAUUUUCAUGAAAUCUUGUUGAAGCAGAUUUCAGCAAUAUCUAAAUUAUUUUCAUUUUCGAAAUUUCCUGGUAAUUAUCAGUUAGCGCUAUAAACGCGGUAAACGCGUCGGCAAAACUUAUCCCAAGAAAAUAUCGACCGAACUACUCAAUGACUUAUUCAUAGUUUAUCACCUUUCCUCUAAAAGCAGGUAGUUGUCUUUUGUCUUUGAUGACACUUAAAUGUGCAGUAUAUCAAUAUUAACAUUACUUCGAUUCAACCCUUUUUCAAUUUUUUUUUAACGUUUCUUCUUCUUAGCUAAAAGUAAGUCCUUUGAGAAAAAAUAUUUUCUAUCUUGGCCAAUAAUCUAAAACUUCGCGGGUGCAGCUUCAAUGUUUCUACUUCUUAGCUAAAAGUAAGUCUUUUGAGAAAAAAAUAUUUUCUAUUUUGGCCAAUAAUCUAAAACUUCGCGGGUGCAGCUACACAAGGACCGCUAUCUCUAGUUUGAAAUAAAUCUAUGAAUUUUAUGCAGGAACAUGUUUUUUGUCCUUUCUCCAUGUUUUUCUCGUCAAAUUACACUGAAAGCAAGUAGUGAUACUCCCAAUCGCUUCCUGCUAAGGAAACCGGAACAGGCUCCGGCUAAGUGGGCCACUAACUUGGUUCGAGUGCACACUUUACCUUUUACCUUUCUCUCAAUAGGCAAGCACGAAUGUGACUCAGAGUCUGGUUUCUGUCCUGAUAAAUGUCCUUACACUAACGGCAGUUAUCCUUACUGGAGAAUACGUAACGCAGCGGAUGUACCUUUCCUGUGGGUUGUAUCAGGCAUAAAGUUUUACGACACCGCAGCGUCCACCAAAGCACUUAACGCUGAGCCCAAGAGAGGCUAUGCCAGCAGCUACUUUGGACCUGGUGAGUCGAGUGGACAUCAUUUAAGGCUACGGCAAACGUCUCUAUUGUAUUGUGUGUAGAGAUGAGUAGAUGUAAUAUGUGUUUGUUGAUGCAGCUCUAGGAGAAAUUGUCAAAAAAAAAAAGUUACCAAUUGGCAACUGGGUGGUGGUGGUGGUGUUGGAAAGGAAAAAGGAUAGACUUUUUGUUUAUGAUUUUCUGCUUUAAAGGACAAUUAUAAUAUCGUACCCAGAUCCUACCAUGUACCUCUAAUUGCUUGGCCGUGAAAGGCCUGGCUGCGAGACUAAGACAAUUCGUUACUACUCUAGUCAGUUUUUAGGCAAAAUUGUGCUGAACAUUUCUUUUUUAUCAUUUUUUCUUGUUAUCGUUGUUGUUUUUGUUUGUUGUUUCUCUUAUCCUUCUUUUCAUUCUAUCUUUUUUUCCUAAAGAGGACAAUAAAAGUGCGGGAUUUUGCACCAUAGUAAUGUGAAAUGGUAUAACUCACAUUUUGUGUCACACAGUAUAUUGGGAUCCAUCAAGAGAACAGUUUAUAUUUCCUUGGAUUCUUAUAUUUUUCACGCUGGGUGUAAAUUUGGUCUUUUUUCUAGCGUUUAAAGGAAAUGAAAAUAGUGACCGUUCUCAAACUUAGCAUUACGAUUACUCUUACAGGAUAUGCUCCCAGCAUGGCAUUCGAUAAUAAUCCCGAGAGCCUUUGGAUUUCCAACGGUGCUGCUCCUCCGGGCAUGCAGUGGAUUGCGUACGAAUUUCCCUACCCAGUCUUUGUAGGCUCGAUUCACAUCGCAUCAGAGGAAGACAAACCCGAUCGGAUGCCUUCAUUGAUGUAUGUGGAGGCUUCCUGUGAGAAGUACUUCAGAAAUUUUGUCACUCAGUGGGUUAUUUUCAACCCUGAGCAUAGCGUGAACAAGCGAUAUAACGGUGAGUUUACGGAAUUCUAUCCCCUCCUUUUAAGAGAGCUCACUGGGAGAGGGUAAUUUGCCAUGAUUUUGAAGCCCUGAUUUCUUUGUGUUUGUAUUGAGGAUAGAAAAAAAACAUUUUUUCAUUCGUGGCAUGACGACCUCAUAGUGCUUCGUCAAGCACACCGAGAUAAUUUCUUAAAGUUAUUCGUAAAAUUUGACAUCAAAACGAACAGUUUUUUUGCACGUGAUAUGUGCAUUGCACUCCAUCUAGUUCAUACCAUUUCAAACCUCCAGUACAGCGAGACUUCUCCUUCCAGAAACUAAACAAUAAAAUUCCAUACCUUUUCCUCAAGACCCCUAAACUCUGCUGGGCGUUCGCCGCUUUGUUAAUAUCAGCUAAUAUCUGCUCUUGAUUAACGUUGAACCAUUUUCCUCAGUAUUUUCUAUGGCAAAGUUCACAACUCUUGGAGCCACAGGCCGCCUGGGUCCCACAUCAGUGGGGAAUUACUAUCAUGGUCAAGAUCACGAGGGACAAGUGACCGUUAACAAGGGAAUUCAGAUGUGGAAGAUCCCAGCCACCGGAAUGUACACAAUUGAAGCUGCAGGAGCUGCUGGUGGACACGACAAGUUCACUUCAUGUAAGUCAAUAUAAUCUGUCCUAAUGGUGUACGCCUCAGUAAGGCAGCCGUAUUGGGGAAUUUUCCCUUACCUCUAUCUUACUUAACAGAUGUCAUGAAAAACGACUCUCUCAGCCAGGAGACUAAGAAAAAAAUUCAUCUCCGGAGGGGACGAAAAAUCGGGGGUCAAAAGAAAUGAAAGAAGAAAGAAAUGAAAUGGAGAAAUGAAAUUUCCAGAGAAUGGUGUAAUUAGUGCGAGGUUCUUUCACUAAUCACGGGGCACUGAUUAAAUCCUGAACCUUAACCAAGCUCGACUCUCGGUUGAAAACUGUUCGUUUUGGUUAACCUAUGAUACAAUGAGACUGAUCAUUUUUUAUUGUCUGGGGUGAAGGAUUCGGGUUGUAUCACAAUAAAAUUGAGCUGAUUCCCCCCAUAAGGCUUUGUAGUAUUCAAAUGAACCCCUCAUUGGCAGUCAAUAUUCUUUAGUCCCCCUAUAAAAUCUUUUUGCGACUUCUGAUUUCCCCCUGUGAUCUCCCCCAAAAAAAAUUCUUUUAAAUUUCUUUCUCCCUCCCCUCCCCCCCGCCCCCCAUCUCCUUAGGCGAUUAAUGACGAAUGAUUCCUAAAGACGUCGGGCCUAAUUUCAUUACCAAGAUCAGAAUCUACCAUUCUCCCUAUUCUAUGCGACUUUUUUCUUAAAUUUUGUCCCGUGCCAACGAUUAAAGGCAGCAAAUCUUCAUUUUCUUCAAAAGCUUAGAUGUUUGCUUUAAAAUCUUGAAUAUAAACUAAAGUUUUAGUGAGCCGAACCUUGAGUCUUCUUGACUAACUAAGCUUUGUGUCAAUCCAACAGCAAGCAAGCGCGGAAAGGGAGCUCGCGUUAAGGGAAAUUUCCAUCUGAAACGAGGGGAUGUUCUUAAGGUCCUCGUUGGUCAGGAGGGAGGAGUUAACACUGUUUCUGGAGGAGCAGGGGGAGGCGGUGGAAGCUUUGUAGUUGCUGAUGACAACACACCUCUUUUAAUCGGUGAGUGAGCAAGAGAUCAUUUUUAUUAGUAAACAUAAUACUGAAAAAUUGGAUAGCAUUGAAGACACACUUUGAUUGGCCACUCAAGUUCCUGAUAUCCUUUGAUAUUCAUCUCAAAGCAACCUGUACAGGAUUUGUGCCAUCUUUUUGUGCUAUAUCAUCUCACUGUUUUAGUAUAUACUAGUAAAAACUAUUUACCUUGGUGCAAGUGGUUAGCGGUGGAUAUUUACCUCGCCGCUUCGAGGCUCGGUACAAAUCUACCAUUAGCCACCUCCUGUUUGUUGAAUAGUUGUCAGUCAUUCCAUAAUUUCGAACAGGCAGCCAAUCCAAAGGAGCUAACCAAGUUCAAAACGCGCUCAGCUCAUGUUUUAUUUAACAAUCAUAUUGUUUUGUCAUAGCCUGGUGGUUUGUUUAUUGAGAUUCACCAGUCAAUUCCGAAAAGAAAUAACGUUUUACUUUAAGUCGUUUAAGUUGAGAAAGUGAACUAUUGAUAAAAGCAAUAGGAAAUCUUAAGGAAAAUUGAAAUUAAACCUUAGGGUAUCUCCACGGAAGUUCAAAACAUAUCAUCUAUCUCAGGUGUAAAAAACCCCUUAAUUUUGCAGGGAUUGCUACGGGAAGCCACAUUUACAGACAAAAACCGUUUUUCAUGUCAUCGCCUUGUUGCACUAAGACAACAAAACUGCAACCAUAUUGAUUUUUUCAUACCCGUUCUUCGGGACAUAAACCUUUUUAUUUAACCGUACACUUCUGUUCUGUUCAAUGAGAACUGUUUCUUGCGACGAAUUAGGUGGAAAAGCUCUGAUGUGAGAAGUAUUGCAAAUACAACUGCGGUAUCGAUGAUAAUGCAUCAUUUAGAUUUCAUAGUUGUGACGGUUUCCUCUUUUCUAUCCAGCCGGUGGAGGUGGUGGUGUCGAUAAAAUGAAGGGUGAGAGCCCGCGGUGUCACGGGUCAGGCUCUAGCGAUGGAAACGCGGGAUAUGGUGGUUCACAGUUCCAGGGAGGCACUGGAGGGAAGGGAGCUGAAGAAGGCGACAAUAAUUACUCUGGGGGAGGUGGUGGUGGAUUUGAGACUAACGGACGCUCAAACCAAAACUUCGGUGGCGCUAAGGGAACAGGUGGUGAAGGAGGAAAAUCAUUCUACAAAGGUAAUGGACGAGUUAACCGUUAUAAGCCUUUAAACAGAUUGAUAUGGCUGUUUUUAAAGAGGCUGUCUGCAAAAAAGGGUCAAAUUGCAGGCAAUCCAACCCCAAAAGUGAUUGUUCCUCAGGAUUUCAGGGAAAUCUUUGAAAAAACGUCCCUCUAUGGGGGCAAAGCUGGUUUAAUGAAUUUUGUACAUACUCAACGUAUCACAAUUUAUUGAUUACCAAACAUCCAGAUUACCGUUUGAGAUUAUCGCGUGCACCUUUUUCCUUCAUUUCCGACACUCUUUCUAGAAACAGCUGCAGACAAAGAUAAUUUUCAAAAUCUAAAAUAAAGAUUCUUUAUAGAUCCCUGCAGGGAACUUAUAAGGAUAGAAGCGUAUUAGAGCACUUGAUGAGCCUCGAUUUGAUAGCCUCCCAAAAUAUUCCCCUUUAUUUUUAUUGGUACUAGACUUUUCAUGAAAUUCUAUGAAAAAUCUUCAUGCCACAGAAAUAUUUAUGAUUAUUGCUAUAACAAUUAAUCAUUAUUGAAUAAUCAUUAAACGAAAUGGUUCUACGGAUAACUGAAAUAUGUCAAUCAUUUCAUAGGUGGUGUCGGAGGUCGAUCCAAUCAGAAUGAAAUAGAAGGUGGAUUCGGUGGCGGCGGCGGACCAAACGGAGCCGGCGGUGGUGGUGGUGGUGGUGGUGGCUACUCUGGGGGUGCCAGUGGAAGCCGAUCUAAUUCCUGUGGGGGAGGUGGUGGAUCGCAUAACAGUGGCAAGGAGCAGUCUAACCAAGCUGGUUCUAACGCCGGUCCUGGUUACGUUAUCAUCAAACUUCUCAACGUCAGAUAGUUCCAAAGUUGAAUUUUUUACAUUCGAGUUUUCAAAUGAAACUAGUCGAGCUUUUUUUCCUGUUUCGAUUUCUUAGAAAUAACCGAUGAUUCUCCUCACCUCAAAAUAGUCCUAAGGCAAAGAAUGUUUCUAAUCAUUUUGAAACUAUGAUUGUCACUUUGUUUUAAAUGAAAAAUAAAGCAAUUGAAUGCAUUUGACCAAU